AUGGCGCCAAACCCACUUGCCAAUUGGGAGAAGAUUGGAGACAGUUUCUAUCGAAAGAUCACCGUCUAUGAUGCUAUAUUUGAGGACGAGAUUGAGUUAGAGAACUACCUUGUCGCGGGGGCCCCCUACGGAGGAGCUAUUGCACUUUACCGCGAUGAAAGCAAGCCGUUGAGGUUACGAGAUGGACAGGGUUCUCGGUCAACGAUUGACAUUUACUCUUGCUCUGGACAGCGUAUCAAUCGCAUAAAUUGGGAGCAAGCAACUAUCCGAGGACUGGGUUGGUCUGACAAGGAAGAGCUUCUGGUCGUUUCUGAAGAUGGCACCGUGCGACGUUAUUUCGGAUUAGAUGGCGAGUUCACCUCUUUCUCCCUCGGCAACGGUGCCGAAGAGUAUGGCGUGAGGGCCUGCCAGUUUUGGUCAUCGGGUCUGGUAGCAUUGCUUUCCAAUAAUCAACUAAUUGCUGUAUCCAAAUAUGAUGAGCCGCGCCCGCGGCUCUUGGCACCCUGUCCAGAAGGCGAGGUCUCCUCAUGGGCACUAAUACCUCCAGCUCACACUUUGUCGCGUUCUGUCGAAGUCCUUUUAGCUGUGGACAAAACCGUUUUCUUGGUCGAUUCGACAGAAGCAGAGGACAAAAUCCUGCAAGACGGACCAUUCAAACAUAUCAGUGUCUCCCCCAAUGGGCGGUCUGUCGCGCUAUUCACCGCAGAAGGCAAAUUGUGGAUGGUCAGCAAUGACUUCCAAACCAAAUCUGGUGAAUAUGAUUCUAAUUCCCGAGUACCCCCGAGUACGGUGAAUUGGUGCGGCGAGGAUGCCGUUAUUGUUGCGUGGGAGGAUGAAGUACAUCUUGUAGGACUUAAUGGGGCCGCAUCGAAGUACUACUAUGAUGACCGCGUUCACGUCAUACCCGAAUUUGAUGGCGUCCGCCUCAUCACCAAUGACACUUGCGAAUUCUUGCACAAGGUUGCAGGUGUUACGGAGGAAAUUUUUCGCCUUGGUUCAUCUUCUCCAGCUUCGGUACUGCUGGAUUCGGUGGAUCAAUUGGAAAAGAAAUCGCCCAAGGCCGACGAGAACAUUCAAAGAAUCCGAUCAAGUCUACCUUCGGCAGUUGACACUUGCAUAAAGGCAGCGGGUCAUGAGUUCGACGGUUAUUGGCAAAAGCGGCUUUUGAAAGCUGCCUCGUUUGGCAAAUCUGUCCUUGAUCUCUACAACAGCGACGAGUUUGUUGAGAUGACCGAAAAGCUCCGCGUUCUCAAAGCGUUGAGAGAUUAUAAGAUUGGCUUGCCCAUAUCCUACGAACAAUACCUACGCCUCACACCAGAUGGACUUAUUGAACGCCUGAUAAGUCGACAUGAGUAUCUGCUUGCGAUUCGGGUCUCGGAAUGUCUUCAAAUUCCAGCUGACAGAAUCUAUGUGCAUUGGGCGAGCCAGAAAGUAAAAGUUUCGACCGUUGAUGAUGAGGCAGUGUGCAAGCUCAUUGUUCAAAGGCUUGAAGGAAAACCAGGGAUCUCUUUUGAAGUCAUCGCUCAAGCUGCUUAUGAUGAGGGUCGAUCUCGCCUGGCUACCCAGUUGCUGAAUCAUGAACCACGCGGUGGCAAACAAGUCCCUCUGCUCUUGAACAUGGAAGAAGAUGAGCUUGCUCUUGACAAAGCUAUUGAGAGUGGCGAUGAUGACCUCGUGAACUAUGUACUUUUGCAUCUUAAAAGCAAGCUUCCUCUAGCAAGCUUCUUCCGAAUGAUCAACACCCGCCCAAUGGCUUCUGCACUCGUUGAGACUGCUGCACGAGGUGACGACACAGAGCUACUUAAGGAUCUUUUCUACCAAGAUGAUCGGCCUAUUGAUGGUGCCAAUGUGCUACUGUCGGAGGCAUUGCGCGAAAACGAUGUGACACGUCAGACGGAAAAGCUUCACUUGGCAUCUCGACUCUUGUCAGACUCUAAGGAACCUACCGUGGUACUCAACCAGAAAUUAGUAUCCGAAGCUUCUCAACUCCUGAAGGCCCAAGAGGCAUUGGACAAAGAGUUAGCAGACAAUAGCGAGUAUCUUGGUCUAAGUCUCAACGAGACUGUUUACGGACUUGUUCGAGGUGGCUACAGCAAAAGAGCACAAAAGAUUCAGAGUGAAUUCAAAAUGCCCGAAAAAACAUUUUGGUGGUUAAGAUUGAGAGCCUUGGUGGCUAAACGUGACUGGGGCGAACUGGAAGAACUCGCUAAAAUCAAGAAAUCCCCUAUUGGAUGGGAGCCUUUCUACAACGAGAUUUUAGGUGCUGGGAACACAAAACUUGCUUCAGGGUUCGUACCGAAGUGCACCCACCUGACCCCUGCCGAGAGAAUCGAAAUGUGGGUGAAAUGCGGAAUGAUUGUGAAGGCAGGAGAAGAGGCGCAGAAGACUAAGGACCUCAACACUCUGGAACUCCUCCGAACGAAGGCAUCUGGCCCCGCAGCCACCGAGAUCGAGCGUAUGAUCAACCAGCUUAGGCCGAGAAAAUAA